AUGGCUUGGGCUCCAUUCACUACUCUCCGUAAUUUCUUGCGGUCUCGGGCAGAGCAGUUGCCACAACAAGCUGUGAUGCAACGGGUUUCCGAAGCUGUCGAGAAUCAUUCUGAUCACUGUGAAUCUGAGAAGAAAGACAGUUCGGAGGAAAAAACUCCAGGACCAUGCCAAGUUUUUCCCAAUGCACAACACGAGUUAAAUAAAACUACUGUAGAAGAGGUUCCAGCAACAAGUGAAACAAAUUUAGAGAGUACUUGGACUUCAUGUCAUUUUCUCCCUGAAGUACAUAUAGAAACAAAUAACAUUGACCUUGAUGACUUAGGAAGUCUAGUUCAUGCACCUGUUGAACCACAGCUCAAUACCAGUGCCACUGAUACGAUCCUGCAACUACAUGCACCACAGAUAAGGACUCAUACACCUGGCGUCUGUCAGAAUUCUGAACCCCAUGGCAUAUCCUGCAAGGCACAAGUGACAAACGGAGCUUCACCAGGGCUUAAAUCAGAGAUAAGUGACAUUUCAGCGGAGAAACCUGAAGUGAAGUGCAAUAGUUGUCUCCACACACCCUCUGAGCAAAGUGCUGUUCCUUUAAUAACUAGUCAGUCUGCACUCGAUACGGCAUCUGAAACUGGUGGCACUCCUUUGGAGACAGACUCAGCAACACGUGAAUUGUUUUUUCCGAUAAAGUCAAGGGCAAAUGAAAUUUCUGAUGAAUUAAGUUCUGAAAAACACAGUAGUUCUUUUGAGACAGAAACAGAAACUCCUGCUGCCACUUUCCUUGAGGUACAUGCAACCAGCAGUUGUCCUGAUUUGAACUGGGACUCAACUGAGAAUUCCCUGCAUGUACGAGAACAGAUUGAGAUUUCCCCUGAAAGGAAAGCUUUGCCAAGUAGGAUUCCUUUGGACAUUAACACAGAGCCAACUUCCUCAGAAGCAGCAGAGCUGAAAAGAAAUUUCCUGGAUAAACAAUCAGGGGCUGCUGUGAUUUGUCCUGGGCUGUAUCACACAUCGGACGUCAUUAAACAAGAUACAGUUAAAACCUCUCUGACAGAGUCAGCCUGGACGUCCUUGAGCAGUAAUCGAGUUCCAAGUGAAAUUCCCUUGGAAAUUAAUCAAGGUUCCACUGCCAUUUCUCCUAGAACAGAUAAGAUUCUUCCUCCAACAGUAACAGAAUCGAUCAGGGCUCCCCUGGAUGUGAGCCAAUACCAAAGUGAAAUUCCGGUUGAAGUAGAAUCAAAUCCAAUUGUGCUAUGUCCACAGUUUGCUAAAUUUUCUCCUAAACACAUAUCAGAGGCAGAUUCGCUUUCUCUGGAUGUAAACCAUGAUCUAAAUGAAACCCCAAGCAAAGACAAAUCGGAUUCUAAUGAAAACUUGAAUAAGACUAGCAACGUUUCAAAUGGAAUCAUAGCAGCGUCGUCCUGGGUUUCUCUGGAUGCAAACCAAAGUCCAAGUGAAGCCUUGUCUGACGCACAGUCAAAUUCCUCUGGAAUUGAUCUUCAGAAAUAUGAGGUUUCUGCUGGAUUAAAAUCAUUCCAGUCUUCUGCGGGCACAGAUCGUGAUCAAAGAGAAAUCCCCAUCGAUAGAGAACCAGAUCUCAUUGGGACCGUACCUGAGAUUUGUGGUGGAUUUGAAUCUAACCCAAUCUUGCCUUGUCUGGAUACAAGUCAGGAUGUAAGUGAAAUUCCUCCUGAGCUUGAACCACAUGCUGCAAAAAGUUGUGUCCUGACAAGUGAGAUUUAUGGUGGAAUUAUCUCCGAGUCAGUCUGGGCUCUGUUGGAUACCACCCAAGAUCGACGUGAAUUUUACUCUGAAGUAAAGCCAGAUUUCACUGCAGGAAGCCCUGAAGCAAGUGAAUUUUUUACGGGGCUUAAAUCAGAGCCAACCUGGGCUUCACUGAACACAGAGCAAGAUCCAGGUGAGAUCCCAUUUGAAACACGACCACUUCCUAUCACAGUCAGUGCUGAGCCAAGUGUGGUUUCUGCUGGGAUUGUCUCAAAUUCAGUCUGGGUUCCUCUGGAUCCAGACCAAGAUCUGACUGAAUCUCCUUUAAAAAUAGAAUCAGCCCCCACUGCGGAGUGUCCUGAAUCAAGUUCUGAAGUCAGUAAAAUCUCUGCCCUAAUAAAUUCAGCGGAAAAUCUUUCUUCUCCAUUAGAAGGGGGUUCCCCAAACAUAGGAACACAUUUUGCCCUAAAUUGUAUAGCAGUCAAACCUGAGGCCAUUGGAAUUUCUAAAGAGAACCAUCAAACAAUCAAUGAAACAAAUCUUGACACAGAACCGAGUGCGAAUGAAGGAAACCCUGACCAACAUGGAUACAUUAUAGAAAACCAGGUAGAGAUAGUUGGGGAUUUUCAACACUCAAGUGGAUGCACGGACUUCAGUGAAAUCUAUGAAACGGCCAAUGCCAUUUACCAUGAAAUAGAUCAAGACCCAAGUGAAAUUUCUGCAGUGGUAAAAGAGAGCAUAAGUGAGAAUAUUUGUGAAAUAAGUACAAGGGCUGUUCAUAAAUCACCUGAAAUCGAAUUAGAUCCGAAUGAAAUUACUCAUGAAGCAGUUGAAGAGAGGUCAGAGAUUGAGCAACUUUCAUAUGAUUCUGAUGUUGUAGAAUGCGUACAAAGCAGCAGUGCUAGAGCAGAACCGAGAUCAGUUGAAACCGAGUUUAAGAGAACAGUAGGAAUCUCUCUUGAGGCAGAACCGGGAAUAAAUGAAGAAGUAUUUGCAAGAACAUCAAGAACAAAUUGUUAUUCCACAAAAAAUCAUAUAGUAGAUUACCAAGGCGAAGAAUUAAAGAUCAUCCAGAGUUCUCCAGAAAUCCAAACAGAAUCACAAGAGGAUUUUGUUGAGGAUAAGCAAGGGGAGAUCAUUGGCUCGCUUUUAACAGAAGCAGAAGAACGUAAGAAUUUUCUUACCAGAGACUUUGAGUCAAGUGCGAAGGAUACUAAAGUACCAGAUCUAGAUUACAACACUUCACUAACAGCGCCAGAGGCCAACAUCCUAGAAAUACAACCACAUGACACUGAUCUUAAAAACAGUAAAACAAACACGUCUUCAGCUAACACAGAGAGUUGUGUUGACACAUGCUCAGAUACCGAGGACUAUAUUCCAAAGACAAGAACUGAGGUUUUAGUUGACAGGACAAUAGAUGUAGGUGAGGUCUAUUCAGAAGACAUGAGUGCCAAAAGCGAAAAUUCUAUUCAAUUCACUGAUCAGGAGAGUGAUUUUCCAUUUGAGCUGUUUAAACAUUGCACUGGAGCUAGCUUAGAAGCAGAUCUAUUGUAUCCUUCAUUCAAAGAUAUUACAGAACAAAACUUAAACAUACAAAAUACUUCUAAAGAAGUAAGAAAAAUUGAGAUUUCUUUUCAAACUAAAGUAGAACCAAGGGAGGCAUGCUUUGUUUCAAAAUCUGAGCAGGGGGGAGUUUCCACCAAAAGAUUACUAGCAUCACAUGAUAUUAUUUCUCAACAAUUGGGCAGCAUAAUAGAAGUAGCUAAAAAAGAGACUACAACUCACAUUGAAUUAGUGCCAACAUUCCCCCUUGAUCAGGCAACAUCAAGGGACAAUAAUACAGCUCCUAAAACUGGUACAGGAAAUAAUCACGUCUACAUUGUUGAUGUUGGAUUGAAGACCAGGGACCUACCUUUAGAGGCAAAGUCAGGAGAUACUGGAAUUUUGAACAGAAAUCUACACAAGAGGUGUAUGGCUUUUCCAACAGAGGCAGGUACUGUGCAAGGUGAAAGUAAUGAAAGGAUGGAUUAUGACAACAUGCUAGAUGAAGAAUUGUACAGAAAUGAGAAUGGAAGCCAAGAGACAAUAAAAUUGGAUGCUGAAUCCAGUGAUAUUCCACACAUUUAUGAAACUGAUGGUAACAGUACAACUAGCGAUGAAACUGAUGAGAACAUUUACCCAUUUGGAAGUAACAGCAGUCUUCACAAAGCCCUACAGAAACAGACCAACAAUAAAGGAGAUGACCGGUUUGGGUCUUUAUCUUCAUUAAACUCUUUCAGCUCACCUUUCAAAAACUCCAAAUUUUCAGUUUUCACCAAAAUGGCAUCAUUCAGGAAAAGCAAAGCCUCAAGUCAAGAGCGUCAGAUCGAAAGCAACAGCAAGGAUGGAAAUCGAAGUCAAUAUGCCAAAAAUGCAAAUGAAAGUAAAACACAAACAAAGGGAAACACCAUUGGUGCUCCAGUGUAUAAAGUACAUUACCCUAAUUAUAAAACUCACCUGCCUCAUCAUUUCAAAAGUAGUGGCAAGAGUGAAUCCCCUAGUUUUGAUGGCUCAGAUGAUGAUGAUGAGGUUUUUGAAAGCAGUAGCCAGGUGAGUCAAACUAUAAAGUCUGCAUUUGGCUCAGAUAGUCUACAGGAAGUAGAAGAUAUAGAAGAGAUUCAGAGAGUGGCAGAAAAUGGCCAACAUUUCCAUAGCAAGAGCACAGACUCCAUGGAAGGUGAUGAUAGUAAUGCUGAGGAGCAAAACAACAAAAUACCUCCCAUGACAGAAAAGAGGUGCAAAAAGAGCAAAAGUUCUGAUAGCCUUAACCUUAGGAUGAAAAGAGCCUUUGCCAAUAAAUCGCUUUCUGUAUUUUUUGAAACUAAAUCUGGUGACAAAGAAAAUGCUAACCAAAAUUCUAAAUCGAGUAAGAAAAAUGAUGGUGAUGAAGGGAAGUCAAAACACUUAUCCUGGAGAAAAUUUAUGAAACUGAGUGAAUCGGAAUCCACGAAGAUAUCAAUGAACCCUUCACAUUCACCCAGUGAAAAUCAAGCCAUAAGGCCACAGUCACAGGUACAUAGUGAAUAUGCAAGGAGGAUCUCCAUGGAACAAGUAGAAAAUACUUCUUUUUCAGGAGCUUCAUCUCCCUCGUCUCCUAGUACACCAGGUAAAGCUCAGCUUUCCGAUAGCUGUUUUGAACAGGAUGAUGCUCCAAAGCUAGUGGGUCAAAGGCUUAGAAGGACAUCACCGAAUGAAUUAAGACUUAAAUUGACAUUUGACAAUUGCCUAGAAAGUGAUGAUGUUUUCAAAACUUCACCAAAUCAAUCCACUCCCAAUGCCUUACUGAAUCAGUUAAGCCCAACGUGGAAUAGACCUGGUGUGAUUUCAGAAUACUUUGAUGCCACUUUCCCUGCAAGACCAAUGAGUCCAAAACCACAAAGUCCCAGGUCAAGUUUUCGGAGAAGUUUUCGCUCCAGCAACAGAGCAAGUACAUCAUCCUGGACUUCUCUUGAUUCUAAUAAAACAACGGAUGGAGUGUUAGAAGGACCCGAAAGGCCAACAGCAUUGAAACCAAGAGGCAAUCUUCUUCUUUCUGUACAAUCGCUGAAUUAUGAAUGUCAGAAAGAAGACAGUGGAAUUAGCAGUCAGUCACAGACAAGUCUAAAUACAACUUCUUCAGCCAUUGAUAUUGGCAAAGAGGAGGAAGUAAGUAAGCAUCCAACCCAAACAACACAAGAGAGGAACUCGACCGUGCCAACAGUCCUGCGAAAUCACCACCAGAAUCACCCACGCCAGCGACCUUUCUCAGACUUUGGACAAGUGGCCUGGUUAUUUGAUCGUGCUGAAGGGAAAUGUAAACUAGAUAGUGAGGAUGAAGUAGAGGAAAUAUCUAUACCGCCUUACAAACGCUGCAACUCAGAUGAAUUGUUGUUGGAAGAAGCAAGGAAGAGACGGAGAAAGUUGAUUGCAGAGCUUGAGAACUUCAGAACCAGACAUGGCAGGAGCAAUGCUGAAGUUCGCAAUGAAGUUGGAAGGAGAUUUUCCUUUCUAUCUCCUCUCUCUUCUACCUUCAAAGACAUUCCUCUGAGAUUUCUUACAUUCUCCCAGAGCACACCAACAGGACUCGACUGUAUUGGGUAUAAGCGGUGGAUGGCAACUCCUGUCCAGGAUAUUUUAGAUGGACGUCUUCAAGUCAUGAGAACUGAAAAAGUUUGGGUCAUCAAAAUUGUAAAAUGUUUAUCCCUGCGAACUCAAAGGAAUCGUGAAACUGUCUCCACUAUUCAAGGACUUGAAACUGAAGGAAUCAGAUAAGUAAAAACUUGAAGAGUUGAGAUAGUAGAGAAAUUACUCUGGAAUUGUGUAUGUAUAAAAGGAUAGUGUUGGGAACAGGACUGUUUUACCGUUAGUGUUAAGAUCUCUGUUUCUAAUACGUGCAAUUUUAUGUAUAUGUAUGUGUAGCUUUGAUCAUUUUCUUUCUCGUUUGUGUAAUAAACAUAACGUAAUAUGUUCUUCUGUUAAAGGACAUCUGCAUUCUCAUGUGAAUAUGUUUCAGUGACUAACAGCAAUUGUAAUCACUACAAAAAUUAAAUGUGUGAUCUAUCAAGCCAGGUUUCACUCUGAGAAAUGACUUGUAAAAUAUUGACAUCAGCUGGGACAGAAGGAAAUCAGAUUUUUUAUUCAGAAGAACCAUAUCUUUUCUGUAUUUAGGAUUGUGGAUUAAAAUGGGAAAAGGACUCUCGAAAAUCAAGGCUUAUGAAAAAGGUUACUGUACUUUUUAAAAGCAAGUUACCUGACACUCACUGUAAGUGCAGUUUGCACUACUAUUUGUUCAAGCAGGGUAGGGAGGUGUUUACUACAGAUAAACUGAACCCAGGGGUGUGCACAAAGGGAGAUUUGACCAGUAACAAUUAGCUGAUUGAUCUGUGAAGUGGUGAGCAAUUGUCAAUGGCAAAGACUUUCUGCUGCAAAUAACUGUGUGAUUGGCUGCCAGGUAACUGAACAGCUUGUGGGUGCAAAUGUCUGGUAUGAAGUCAUCACACAUCUGAAAAGGCAGGAACUAUCCUUUCCUCUGCAGUUAAAAAAAAUCACUUAAAACCUGAAGAGCCCGUUUAUUUUCCCGUGCCAGUUGCUGUAAGCUGUGGAUCUUAACCAAUAAGUCAGAUACUUUACAAGCAUGAACCAUGCACUGUGUAUUUCCUGCAAACAAGUGAACGUAUCUGGAGAAGGAGGAUUAAGAAGGAGCCAAGCCAAAAGGAGCAUCUUCAUGAACCUUGUAGACAGAGACCAUUGAGUUGUCUUCGGAGUCAUUCCCUCUGCUCAUACCCAUGUUUUCAUUUUAUCUCUGUCUGUCUGGGUGCAUAGGGGGAAUUCCUAUAGGAUGUUCGAGUUUUAAUUAGUAGAGUCAUAUGUUGAUAGUUCUUAAUUGUUUACCUCUAGCUAUGAUUAAUAUAUUUGUAAUAAAUAGUUACUUACA